AUGCUCCCAGGUAACCUUCUUAUGGCUUUGGCCUGUGCUGUCUCGGUUAACGCCAUGCCCCCUUCUCACAAACCUUGUCGUUGCCCUGCUGUUCGCGCCACCGGUCACCCCGCCGGUCACAACGUUGGUCAUAGCGCCGGUUAUAGAGGCCGUUCACUUGUUCCGAGGAAUGACCCCAAAAAGAAGGACGAUGACAGUAGUGGCGGUGAGGAUAGCGACAACCCACCUUCUAGCAGCGAUGACGACAGCGGGGAUAGCAGCAGCGAUUCCGAGAACGAAGCCCCGGGAGGCUUCGAUUGCGGCUGGUGCGAGAACUCAAGUUCACAAGUUUGCAGAUAUGGUUACUGCGGAGUUAGGAACCACCAUUACGGACGGCGUUAA